AUGCCUGUCGUCAAAGGUGGUGUCUGGACGAACAUCGAAGAUGAAGUUCUUCGUGCAGCUGUCUCCAAAUAUGGUCUGAACCAAUGGGCCCGAGUCUCCUCUCUCCUUGCACGGAAGACACCAAAGCAAUGCAAAGCGCGUUGGAUCGAAUGGCUGGAUCCAGGUAUUCGGAAGGUCGAGUGGUCGCGGGAGGAGGAUGAGAAGCUUCUGCACCUUGCCAAGUUAAUGCCCACACAAUGGCGCACAAUCGCCCCUAUCGUCGGUCGCACCGCAACACAGUGUCUUGAACGAUAUCAGAAGCUUUUGGAUGAGGCCGAGGCGCGCGAGAAUGAUGAUCUUGGAUUGGGUGGACCCGAGGGUGGAGAAGCAUCUGCUCCCAGUGCGGAUGAUGUCCGCCGACUACGCCCUGGCGAGUUGGAUCCUGACCCCGAAUCGAAGCCGGCGCGCCCCGAUACCAUUGAUCUGGAUGAAGAUGAGAAAGAGAUGCUCAGCGAGGCGCGUGCGCGUCUUGCCAACACACAGGGUAAAAAGGCGAAGCGAAAGGCCCGAGAACGCCAGCUGGAAGAGUCUCGUCGACUGGCAGUGCUUCAGAAGCGUCGUGAACUCAAGAAUGCCGGCAUCAAUGUUAAGGUCGUGACGCGGAAGCCAGGUCAGAUGGAUUACAAUGCAGACAUUCCAUUCGAGAAGCCGGCUGCGCCAGGAUUUUAUGAUACCAUGGAGGAGGAGAAGCGCAACGAGCGCCAACGAGAAUUGUUCGACCCUCGAAAACAGCAGCUGGCCAACAAGCGAAAGGGCGAUCAAGAUGAAGAUGCCGAGCGCAAGAAGCGCAAGAAUGAUAAGAACAGCAACGCGGCUGCCUUUGCGGCUGCAGCCCGUGCAGGUCAGAUGCAAAAGAUCCGAGAGGCUGAACAAAGCAGCAAGCGACGAGGUUUGGUGCUUCCUUCGCCCCAGAUUAGCGAAGGCGAGAUGGAAGAUAUCAUUAAAAUGGGCAUGGCUGGAGACAAGGCGAGCCGAAUGAGCGCCGAUGAAGAAGCUACUCGAGGACUUAUUGGGAACUACGGCGCAAUUGUUGGAGGUACACCCAUUCGUACUCCACGAGCGGCCCCCGAGGAAGACCGUAUCGCCAACGAGAUUAAGAAUAUCCGAGCUUUGACCGAAACACAAUCAUCUCUGCUUGGUGGAGAUAAUACUCCUCUCCAUGAAGGUGGUUCAUCCACCGGUUUCGAUGGAAUUGCCCCCCGAAAGCAAGAUAUUGUCACACCCAACCCUAUGGCAACACCAUUCCGACACGCCAACGGUAUUGGCGCCACUCCUAUGCAUGGUGGGAUUGGUCCUGGUGCUACCCCGCUCCGAACACCGCGCGAUCACUUUGCAUUGAACCGUGAAGGUGCGGGUGGACAGCUUGUUGGUAACACACCACGUGAUAUCAAGAUGCAUGAGAACUUCAUGCGCCAGCAGAUUCGCAGCAGGCUAUCUUCACUACCUAAGCCCAAGGAGACCGAAUGGGAGCUUGAGGAGCUUCCAUCUGAAACCGCCGAGCCCUCAGCGUCUGUGGCAUUCACACAGGAAGAUGCUGCUGAGCGAGAUCGACGUGAUCAAGAGGCGAAGGAACUGGCUGCUCAGGCCGAAUUCAAACGUCAGUCACAAGCAUACCAGCGUGGCCUCCCACGGCCUAUUGUUCUCGAUCUUGAUGCUUUGAUGGAGCGUGCCUCCAAGGUUAACGACUCUAUCGAAGGCCUCAUCGCCCGGGAAGCCGCAGUACUCAUCGCACACGAUUCUCGGAAGCACCCAGUCCAGGGUGCCCAGGUCAAGGGCAAGGCUCCCAAGCUAAACAGUUUGGACGACAUUUUCUUGGACGCAGCCCGCGCUGCUAUUGCUGCUGAGAUUGCCUCUGAGGAGACUCAGAAACACCAGAAGGAAUGGCAAGAGAAUUUUGAUGAAGUCUGGUCUUCAACUCGCGCCAAUGCCCUCCCUGGCCUGGAUGGCUACGCCGAUGACGAGGAGCAAGAUCCUCUCGAGGAAGAACAACGCAUGAUCACAGCAUUUGACGGUGUCCAAGCAUCGCUACUCGCCACAGCCGAACAGGGCAACAAGCUUGAAGGCAAACUUGCCAAAAUUCACGGUGGAUACCAGAAGCGUUCUAAAACACUCCGAGCGAAGAUUCUGGAAGCCAGCACCGCUUUGCCAAAGUCCCAAGAUGACCUUGAAUCUUUCCGCACCCUUCAGAUCUCUGAGGAAGCUGCUGUAUCGUCACGUCUGGAGAAAUUGCGCGAAAAUGUGUCAUUUGUUAUGCGUCGGGAGCGGGAAGCUCAGGAAUUGUAUAAGGCCCGGAAAGAUGAGCUGGAUGAGCUGGUUGCUGGUACAGCUAGGGUUAAUGGAUGGCAUUGA